ACACAGCCUCAUAAUUGGGAAAGACAAUCCCAUUUCGGCUGUCAAUUUCUUACCUCCGUUAAUUAUGGAAGAUACAAACACAAAGACAAACACACCUCCAUUUUCAAGCUCUCCCUUUCUGUUUUGUCUAAAUCUAAAAGCAUCCCCCUCCUCCUCCCCCCAACCAGGAGGGAGAUGGAGGCAGAAAAUAAUAAACCAAAAACACCACCACAAUCUUGUUUUCUAUUAUCCUCAAUGUCAUCGCUAUCUUCGUCGUCGUCGUCGUCGAUGGCAAUGUUCCUCCUGGUUCUUCUUCUGGCUUUUCUUUCAGGGCAGCAGACUGCAUUCGCAGCCGGCUCGACUGCUUUUACUCCCACAGAUAAUAUUCUCAUAGCCUGUGGCUCCACCUCAUUGUCUGCACUGCCUGAUGGAAGAAUUUUCAAGACAGAUCAACAAGCCAAGAACUAUUUGAAUGCCAAAGACGAUCAGAAAGUCACGGUCCCCUCCGCGGAUGUUCCUUCUCCUAUCUAUUUGUCUGCAAGGAUUUUUGUUGAACCUGCAACAUAUACAUUUGAUAUGAGAAGUCCUGGUUGGCAUUGGGUGAGGCUUCAUUUCUUUCCACUGAAUAACACGCAUUUUGAUCUCCACACAGCUACAUUUUCGGUCUCCAGCGACGAGUAUGUUCUGCUUCAUAGCUUCAAUGUCAACAAUAGCUCCAAAGCUAUUGUCAAGGAGUAUCUGAUCAAUGUGACUCAGCCUAAAUUUUCACUCAAGUUUGUUCCUAUGAAGAAUUCAGCUGCUUUUAUUAAUGCUAUUGAGGUUGUUUCGGCUCCUGAUAGCUUGCUUGUCGAUGAAGGUCAAUCCCUUGUCCCCGUUAAUCCUUAUUCGGGGUUGUCUGCUUUCGGAUACCAAAUCGUGUACAGGCUUAACAUGGGAGGACCAUUGAUCACAUCUCAGAAUGACACACUAGGCCGCAUUUGGGAACCUGAUACAUCAUACCUCAAAUACCCUAAAUUGGCUCAAAGCGCUUCUGUUGCCACCAAUGUAAUCAAGUACCCUCAAGGAGUUACGCCGCUGAUUGCUCCAGCAACAGUUUAUGCAAGUGCUUCUCAGAUGUCAGAUUCGAAAACCAUCCAACCGAACUUCAAUGUAACAUGGGAUUUUGAUCUUGAUGCAGCAUUUAGUUACCUGAUUCGGUUGCAUUUCUGUGACAUUGUUAGCAAGGCCAAGAAUGAUCUCUACUUCAAUGUCUACAUUAAUGGAAAAAUGGCCAUCUCUGGAUUGGAUUUGACAACCAUCACAAACGGUUUGGCGAUCCCAUAUUUCAAGGACAUUGUGGUGAAUGCAACCCAGAUGACUGGUGGAAAACUAUCUGUGCAGGUUGGUCCAAUGAAUGAGGAUACCGGUACGAUCAAUGCUAUUCUGAAUGGUUUGGAGGUCAUGAAAAUGAGCAAUUCAGUUGAUAGUUUGGAUGGUGAAUUUGGGGUUGAUGGUAGCAGGGAUAGUACUAUUUCCAACCGCGGCACGGUAGCUGCUGUUGGUUUUGCUAUGAUGUUUGGUGCCUUUGUGGGUCUUGGUGCAAUGGUGAUCAAGUGGCACAAGAGACCUCAAGAUUGGCAAAAGAGGAACAGCUUCUCUUCUUGGUUGCUACCUCUUCAUGCUGGUGACACUAGCUUCAUGACAAGCAAGAACUCAAUAGGCUCUCACAAGACCAAUUUCUACUCAUCAACUCUAGGCCUAGGAAGGUAUUUCUCUUUCGCAGAGUUGCAGGAAUCGACCAAGAACUUCGAUUCAAGCAACAUAAUCGGUGUUGGUGGAUUCGGUAAUGUCUACAUUGGUGUGAUUGAUGAAGGAACUAAAGUUGCUGUCAAGAGAGGAAACCCACAAUCUGAACAAGGCAUCACAGAAUUCCAGACAGAAAUUCAGAUGUUGUCUAAGCUCAGGCACAGGCAUUUGGUGUCACUGAUUGGAUAUUGUGACGAGAACGAUGAAAUGAUCCUGGUUUACGAGUACAUGGAAAAUGGUCCUUUCAGAGAUCACCUGUAUGGCAAGAACUUGCCAGCAUUGUCAUGGAAGCAAAGGCUGGAGAUCUCAAUUGGAGCUGCUCGCGGACUUCACUACUUGCACACUGGUACAGCACAAGGAAUCAUUCACCGCGACGUUAAGACCACCAACAUUUUGCUUGAUGAUGCAUUUGUUGCCAAGGUUGCAGAUUUUGGUCUGUCAAAAGAUACACCUACUGGACAAGGUCAUGUCAGCACAGCCGUGAAAGGAAGUUUCGGUUAUUUGGAUCCGGAGUACUUCAGAAGGCAACAACUGACAGAUAAAUCAGAUGUUUACUCAUUUGGUGUGGUGUUGCUUGAGGUACUGUGCGCAAGGCCUGCUAUUAACCCACAACUCCCAAGAGAACAAGUAAACCUUGCUGAGUGGGCAAUGCAAUGGAAGCGAAAGGGCUUGCUCGAAAAGAUCAUCGACCCUCUUCUCCAAGGCACAAUCAAUCCUGAAUCAAUGAAGAAGUUUGCUGAGGCUGCAGAGAAGUGUUUGGCUGAACAUGGUGUUGACAGGCCUACAAUGGGAGAUGUGUUGUGGAACUUGGAGUAUGCUUUACAGCUACAAGAGGCUUUCGCGCAAGGAAAGGACGAGGAUGAAGCUAAAUCAUCUGCUACUGUGGCGGCCUCCCCUGCUGUUGCAGCUUCUCCUAAUACUACUCCUACCUCUGAUAACCGCCCGGUUUCACACCCAGAAGAAAACAAUGGCCCUGCUCAAGUUCAGGCCAUUGAUGAGCACUCGGGUACUGCAAUGUUUGCACAAUUUUCCGGGCUCAAUGGUAGGUAAUUAAGAACCUUUUGAGGGACUGCAAUUCAUGUGGGAGUAAUGGUGGUGCCUUUUGCUGCCAAAUCAUGGAAAA